CACUAGCCUCAUUUAGUCACCGCAUUUCAACGACAAUAUCACGAACUUCUCAUGUUAUCUUGAGUCCGUACACCUGAUCUUGCUUGAGUGCUCACAAAUACUGUCUUUUACCUCAUCUUACAUUAAAGCUCCUUUAUUAAACCAUGACUACAAGCGAGGAUCAUGUACGGGAUGCAGAGCUGCAAUAUCUGGUUGACCCCCUAAAUGGCAGUCAUUUAUCAGACGGAAUUGACGGCUCAAGUCAUGAUAAUCGUCCACCUAUUCCUGGAUCUAGUUGCGAUAUCUACACCUUCAUCGACGAAACAAUCGUCCCCUCAACACCACCAAAAUCUCACCCCUACCUUCUCGUCAACAUCGGCUCAGGCGUAUCUUUCUUCCAAGUCUCAGAAAACAGUCAAUGUAAGCGUAUCUCGGGCUCCUCAUUUGGUGGCUCAGCGUUAUGCGGUCUGCUACUUCUUCUCACACGGGCACGCACGUAUGAAGAUAUGCUUGAACAAGCUGAGAAGGGGAGCAACGCAAAUGUUGAUAAGCUGAUCGGAGACAUUUAUGGAAUGGACUACAACAGAAUUGGUAUGAAAAUGACAGCCGUUGCUUCGACAUUCUGCAAAGCAUUUAGCUUAGAACAUCGACCUGAUGCUGGGAAUCACGAAGCGGAAAAUCCUGUACGGGAUAUUAAGUCGUUCUCGGAUGCGGAUAUCUGUCACUCUUUGGUGUUUGCGGUUUUUAACAACAUCGGUCAACUGGCUACGUUGCAUAGUCGCAUUCAUGGGAACCCGGAUAUCUACUUUACUGGGCCUUAUAUUCAGAACUGCCAGUUACUCAUCAGAACUCUGUGCAUCGCAGUGCGCUAUUAUUCUCAAGGUGAGAAGAAGGCACAUGUUGUUGUCAACCAAGGUGAUUCGGUUGCCUAAAGAUCUGAAGGGAGACAGAAAAACAUGAUAAUCAGGUAUCAUAAGCAUAAAUAAGCGAGUAAAGCAUUAUAGAAGUUUGCAAGGUUGUAUAUACAUGAUAUCUUCUUACCCGUUUGUACAUAAUCGUCUUCACC